AUGGCAGACGAUAAGGCUGCCUUAGCGGAGGAUACAAACCCGUGCAAAUGUAUCUUCAAUAUUAGAUGCAUCAGCAAGAACUGUGACGAAUGCGAUAAAGGUUUCAGCUGUCCGUGCCGAUGUUGUCAAAAUAAUUUUACGAGAGGUCUACUGAUCCUUCUUGCAUUAGGUGGAGGCUUGGCGUGUAUUCUGCUACUCCUAAUGGCCAUAUGCCACAUGAUCGGCAGCCGGACAUGGCCUUUCCACAAAAUCCACGACCUCAUCUAUGGUCUUCCAGACAUUUACGACCCCUACGUGCGCGAUCCGCCUAAGGGCACGUAUUAG